UCGGGAGAAGGAAAGACCAUACGCAAACCCUGGGAAAUGCCCCGUUGCCUCCCUUGGGUAUGUAUGUAUGUCCUUGUGUGUUUUCCGUCUUGAUAGCCUGUCUUCCCUAUAAAUGAUGGGUUCGCUUUCCACAGAGUGAAAGUCUUUCGUUCCAGAGCACGUUCCCUCUAAAAGUUGUAUACAAAUAUUUCGGCUAUCUCCAUAGGCCUGUCCACUCCUUUCAAUUGAUAUUUUUUUUUCUCGUUGCAAUCCCAGUUCAACAUGGCUCGUACCACACUCUCUUUCUAUGCCGUUUGCUUCAUCUUAGCCCUCACGGGCUCUGCUUUGCCGGCCAGGCGCGCCGACGCUUCCUCGUCUGCCAGUGCGGUUGCCCCCAGCGGCACGGCGAAUUUUGUCUACGAUGCGGUGAAGUCUGUCACCCACAUGGCGCAGGACAUGAACAAAGAAUUCAGUGACGAUGAUGAGACGCCGAAGCCGACGCCCAUCGAUACCCACCCUGUUCCUCCCAAGCCUUCCAGCAGUGAGACAGCAACCAAGUCCCUAAAGGACGACUACGAAGAGCAAACCGCACAGAAAGUGCAUGAUCUCGAGGAGCCUUCGUCCUCACCAAAACCGAAAGCCAACGCUCAGACAGAGCCUCCAACGGAAGAGCGUCCAACGGAAGAGCGAAAGGAAAGCGAGCCUGCUCCCACUCCUACUCCCACGAAGCAGCAGCCCGCCAGCAGCUCCUCUGCAGCUCCAGCCGCUUCUAGCUCUGUUCAUAAAGACGAUGCUAUCACUAAGCUUCCCGUCGUCGGCCCUAUCCUGGGCAAAGUGCUGUAAAUGUUGGACUGGGAGGUACUGUAUUGAGUCCAGGGUUGUUGGGGCAAGUUAGGCGUCAUGUUUUUGAAAACCUCAUCCAUACAUCUUAAUCAAAUCAUUGGCUAUCGUUUUCUAUUAGACUACUUGGAAUUCGCUUGGUGUGUGAACGCUCCUUGAGACACCGCGUGAAGAA